GGUAACGAAGUCGGGCAAAAUUGUGAGUGAGAAAACGUAUCGAUUACAGAUGGCGAAAAAAGAACAUAAAGAUCACGUGAGAGACCUCCUCGCCACAGCCAUUGUUCACAAGGCCUUGGAUAUGGAGGUAUGGAUUAGGAUGUAUUUUGGAAGAUAUGCUGGAUUGAAAUUUUAUACCUUUAUAUUUAGACUUAACCAGAAACAGCCGUGAGAAAUGCAACUGUAUAGGCCCUCUGAUGAAAUUGAACCUUGGAUCAAUAAGGGAUGAUCCUUACUGGACCUCUAGGAAGAACAGUUUAGAACUGAUAGAACUAUCCAGUAUAAAUAAAGUUAGUUUAGUUUAGGUUUCCUCCUGUAGUAACACUGGAUCAAUAAGAGAUGAUCCUUACUGGACCUCUAGGAAGAACAGUUUAGAACUGAUAAAGCUAUCUAGUAUAAAUUUAAGUUAGUUUAGUUAAGUUUAGUUUAGAUUUCCUCAUGUACUAACACUGGAUCAAUAAGAGAUGAUCCUUACUGCACCUCUAGGAAGAACAGUUUAGAACUGAUAAAGCUAUCUAGUAUAAAUUUAAGUUAGUUUUGUUUAGAUUUUCUCCUGUGGUAACACUGGAUCAAUAAGAGAUGAUCCUUAUUGGACCUCUAGGAAGAACAGUUUAGAACUGAUAGAACUAUCCAGUAUAAAUAAAGUAAGUAGUAACACUGGAUCAAUAAGGGAUGAUUCUUACUGGACCUCUAGGAGGAACAGUUUAGAACUGAUAGAGCUAUCUAGUAUAAAUAAAGUUAGUAGUAACACUGGAUCAAUAAGAGAUGAUCCUUACUGGACCUCUAGGAAGAACGGUUUAGAACUGAUAGAGCUAUCUAGUAUAAAUAAAGUUAGUAGUAACACUGGAUCAAUAAGGGAUGAUUCUUACUGGACCUCUAUGACCUCUAUGAAGAACUGAUAAAACUAUCUAGUAUAAAUAAAGAUAGUUGAGUUUAUAGCACGACAUUUCAUGCAUUUGUCACCGUUAUACAACAUAAUCUUGCAGAGAUCAAGGCAGCAUGAAUUAAGAAAGAGAUUGGAUGAUAUGUAUAAGGUCGAACUGGUCAAAAAAGUGAAGGGGGACAGAGAAAAGAAGGGAGAUGAAGCAAUAAUGUCGUUGCUCACACCUCGAGAGAAAGUUAGCAGAUCAGCAAGACGUAGACCACGGACAGCUCCAGCACAUGUCCUCACUCCAACUGAACUUGGUUACGAUGAAGAAAGAGGAAGACUUUUUUAUAAUGUAAGUUUUCAAGUCCAGGAAACAUUGUUUCCCAGCCAUGUUUCCCGAAGGUGGACAAACCAAGAAACAUUGUUUCCUAUCUAGCCAUGUUUUGCAAAGGUGGACAAACCAGGAAACAUUGUUUCCUUAGCCAUGUUUCCCGAAGGUGGACAAACCAGGAAACAUUGUUUCCCAGCCAUGUUUCGCUAAGGUGGACAAACCAGGAAACAUUGUUUCCUAGCCAUGUUUCCCAAAGGUGGACAAACCAGGAAACAUUGUUUCCUAGCCAUGUUUCCCAAAGGUGGACAAACCAGGAAACAUUGUUUCCUAGCCAUGUUUCCCAAAGAUGGACAAUCCAGGAAACAUUGUUUCCUAGCCAUGUUUCCCAAAGGUGGACAAACCAGGAAACAUUGUUUCCCUAGCCAUGUUUCCCAAAGGUGGACAAACCAGGAAACAUUGUUUCUGAGCUAUGUUUCCCAAAGGUGGACAAACCAGGAAACAUUGUUUCUGAGCUAUGUUUCCCAAAGGUGGACAAACCAGGAAACAUUGUUUCUGAGCUAUGUUUCCCAAAGGUAGACAAACCAGGAAAUAUUGUUUUCUAGCCAUGUUUCCCUAACCAUGAAAUGAGAGUAGACAAUGUUUUCAUUGACGAUGUUCAAGCGACUAUAUUGCAGAUAUGCAGUUCUUUCAAAAUUCAAAUUCCUGUUUUGUAGGUCGCCCCGUCAGACACGAGCACCGGCGAUGAAAUGAAUUCAUUGAUAUCAGGAAGUGGAUACAGUCCCUAUUUUAAGCCUUACCCACCCGCAACCUAUCCUAUGCCCGCACCUCCGCCCUCGCGUACACCUCGCGAAGGAUCACGGUCCAGAUCUGCUUCCGCUGGUCAGAAAAAAAGCAAGUUAAAACUUCACAGGGUAAGAAAGAAUUCACGCUGGUACUGCCAGCACUGGGAAAAAAUGUGAAAUCCAUAUUAUGAAAAUUGCAAUUGCACCACCAAAUAUGUAGUAUAUACUAUUUCGAUACUAUAUCCACACUAUGGAAAUAUACAAUUAUUAUGGAUAAUCAAAAUCAAAUUCUAUUUCCAAUAAAGGUCCUUACAAUUUCCAUUCUAUGAACUUCUAUGGAUUUUCAAAAUUUUGUGUGAAGUUAUAAUUAAGUCUUAUUUUUAUUUCAGUAUACCUAUCUGGCACAUUCAGAACCUGCUGUGGCUCACAAAGUUCAGGUUAAUAAAGUUUACUCUUUUUGUAGUGAGUUUCUUUAACAUACUGGAUAGGUUUAUAAGUAUACUAAAGUGUUCUCCCUAGAGGUCCAGUAAGGAUCGUCUCAUCAUUAUCCAGUGUUACUACAGGAGGAAACCUAAACUGAAUUCACUUUAUUUAUACUGGAUAACUUGGAUAGCUCUAUCAAUUCUAAACUGUUCUUCCUGGAGAUCUAGUAAGAAUAUCUCUUAUUGACCCAGUGUUACUACAGGAGGUAAUCUAAGCUAAACUAACUUUAUUUAUACUGGAUAGUUUUAUCAGUUCUAUAGUAAACUGUUCUCCCAAGAGAUCCAGUGAAGAUUAUCCCUUAUUGCUCCAGUGUUACUACAGGGAAACCUAAAUAGACCUCUUGUGCUUUUUUAUUUAGCUGCAAUCAAUGGCGGAGGUAACUAUGAGAUUCCUUGGUCCCAAACUACAGUUAAAGAAUGAUAUGUAUCCCGAAGAACGUCUUUGUGAAGUGAUGGUUUUACAACAACAUUGUGGAGGCAGUUCAUUGUGUGUGUUUCGUGAACUCCUGCCACCUAACAGUGAGUAAUGGCUGAAAUUUCUUCUGUAAUAUAGUUUAGGCAGGAAUAAGUACAGCAGCAAUCUUUAUAGUAGGUGCAACAACCCAGUUGUGUAACCCAGUUGUUACUUUUUUGACCGCUUGCCCUCAGGGCAAGUUAAUUGGACAUGAAAAUUAGUUGCCCUGAAUAAAAUUCACUUGCCAUCAGACAAUGGCCGCUGGGGUACCUAGGUAGGGCGUAUAAAUUAAGGAGACAACAUGUCGACCCGUUCUGCCAUUGCUCUAUAUGGCUAUGUUAUACUGCCUCAGAUCUAGCUUUGGCCCACAAAAAACAAAAUUUGAAUCAAGUAUGUGCACUAUAAAAAAUUUAUCCGACAAUGAAAACAUAAACUUAAAGAUGCCCAGCUUUUUGUGGCAAGGCAACUUGCCCAAUCAAGCAAGAUAAAACGUUUACUUGCCCGUCAUGAUAUUUUCACUUGCCACGGGCAAGUGUUAAGUUACUCCUCUCAUGAAACCUGAAAAAUUUCCGCCAAGACCAUUGUGUUUCAGCACGCUCGUUUUUUCACGGUAAAACCCCAACUUCUAUGAAACUGAAAGAAUGUUCUUAUCUUUCCUGUACAGCCAUAUUUACGUUUAUCUCGCGUCGCCAUCGCGGAACACCAUUUGGUCUGACGUUCUACAUCGACAGCAUGCAGGAUAUUCGACUCAGUUCAUGUUGUGAAUAUAAACAUAAACCCGGCCAUAUUCUGGGAGGAAAGAAUGGACAUUUUCAGUUUGUCAAUGUCGAAGGUGCUGCUCCAUGUUAUCGGUGAGUUGAAAUAAACUAAUUUUUUUUCUGCUAAAUAGCUUUGUCAUUUUUACACUGUUUUUCCCUAAAGGACGAGUAAGGCUCAUCUCUUCAUUGAUCCAGUGUUUCUGCACCAGGAAACCUAAACUCAACUAUAGCUUUAUUUAUACUGGAUAGUUCCAUCAGUUCUAAAGUAGUGAAACUAGACUACCUUUGGUUUAGUGAGCGCCAUCCUGACAUUGGUUUUGUGUUACCACAAAAGGAAUCCCAAACUAAACUAACUGUAUUUAUACUGGAUAGCUCUAUAUCAGUUCUAAUUAAGAAUCAUCUCUUAUUGAGCCAGGGUUACUACAGGAGCAAACCUAAACCAAACUAACUUUAUUUAUACUUUAUAUCUCUGUCAGUUCUAAAUUGUUCUUCCUAGAGGUCCAAUGAGGGUCACUCUUUAUUGAUCCAAUGUUACUACAGGAGGAAACCUAAACUAAGCUAACUUUAUUUAUACUGAAUAGCUCUAUCAGUUCUAAACUGUUCUUCGUGGGGAUAUGUAGCAUCCUUUAUUGAUACAGUGUUACUAUAAGUAGAAAACCAAAAUUUCUUAUUCCAUUUCGUUGUGAUUUCUCUAGCUGUCAGAUAGCGUUUUCAAUGAAAGACAAGCGGUCGCGAGGUGAUAAAAAAUCCCGAGAAAAGAAACAGCAUGAGUCAGAGGAACAGUCACCACGAAGCGAGCAUGAGUCCACUGAACAGCAUGACAAAGCCGAUCAUGAAGACGAUGGUAACGUCACGGAGAGAUUUGAAGUCACUAUCACCAAAAUGAACGUAGACGACGGAGAUGACGGUACGUUUAAAAUUUCUUGCGAUAUGUCUUUUCAUUUAAGGUACUUGGUACCUAAAGUGAAGCCAAUGGCGGCCAUGCAUAUUGAUAACUAUACCAUAAAUCUACUGUGGUGUUGGUGACAUAGUAGAAGAGGUACUUACCACUGUACUUACAGUUUCUAGUUAUUGGCGGGAAAGGAUAAACAUUGUGUGAAAAUUUAUCAACAGUGGCCUCUCUUCCCCCUGAACUCUAGGUAAACUAGAACGAUAACUCCAGUGAUCAAGUCCUAUGAUUGGUUGAAGCCAAGCGCGGGAGCCGCGCAGGAUAAAUUAACUUUCUAUAGGGAGAAUUUCGACGAGUGGGAAAUUCAGUCAAAAAUUUUUUUGAGUGAAAAUUUUUUUUAUUAAAGAGCUUCAAUUUUAAAGAUUCAAACCUGAUUUCCUGGAUAGUUCUAAGUAUUUUACAUCCACUAACAGCAAAAACUUCCCAGGGUGGGUAACAGUUUCCUGUUCAAAAUAUUACACACAAGUUUGAACGUGCCGAAAAAAACUUCGCAUUUUGACUUCUGAGAAAAGAACUUUAAAACUGCUCUACGUUCCGUACUCCAUGUUUUGUAUUAAAUUUCAAGUAUUGUUGAAAGUUUUUAAACUUUUUUCCUUAUUGAAAUACAGCUAUUUAGUGCUCGAAAACAAAUGUCUUUUAGAUGGCGUGUUUUCCACUUCAUACCCACAUGGCGGCCUUCAAUAGACCUUUCCCCUUUUAAGUGAAAUUUUGAUCAAGACAAGUCUGGACAAAAAUUUCAUCACAGCUUGAAAGAGCAUCACAAAAUUAGUAAUAUUCCGAAGUUUCGUUGCGAAAUGUUGUAAAAUGCGGAUAAUAUAGCCUUGCGAAGUUCGCCGUUUUUCAGUCAUUUGGUAUUACAAACGGGAAAUUGAUAAUCAGAUGAUCAAACUGAUGCAAAAUGUUAGAUUGUAAUGCAAAAUGACUGAAAAACGGCAAACUUCGCAAGGCUAUAUUAUCCGCAUUUUACAACAUUUCGCAACGAAACUUCGGAAUAUUACUAAUUUUGUGAUGCUCUUUCAAGCUGUGAUGAAAUUUUUGUCCAAACUUGUUUAGAUCAAAAUUUUACUUAAAAGGGGAAAGGUCUAUUUGGCUUCAAAAGAUGGCGGCCAAGUUAUCGUUCCAAUCCUUUUAGAGUUCACUGGUCAGUCAUUAUGAAGCUGACCAUCAUUUGCUUACUACUAAAGCUUACUGAACCCACCCAUACAAUAUCAGUCGUAUGAUAAAUUAAUGACAAUAUAUUGUUGCUUCAGAUUCAGCUGUAAUGGUGGACACGACCACGCAGACCCCACGUGAUGAUGACGUCACAGAAAAGAACGACUCGAUGGAUAUUAAUGAUCAACAAGAUACAACGGAGUACACAGAGGAGCAUAAGGAGGAUAUUGAGGGUGGUGAGAGUACAAAAGAUUCCGGGAUACAUCAGGAUGAAGAUGGAUAUGAUGAAAGCUAUGCUGAUGAAGAUUUUGAAGAAGAUGAACCACAGUCUGAUGGUGAGAAAGGUAAAGGAGAUUUCUUGAACCUUAGAACUUUUUUAUAUGUCGCGUUUUAGCAAUGACAAGUGUUCAAAACCUAAAAUCUUUGUGGCGUUUCUCUCAAAAUUACUUGGUUUUAGCUUUAUUUUGUAAUUUUCACCUUUUUAAAUGUAUCUAGCGGUUGAGAAACACAAAUUAAUAGUUAAAUAUUUGUACACCAAUUUUAUACACCAAUUUUAGCCAAACUUGCUGAACUUCAAACAUCACUCUCUCUUUGGCGUACCAUCUAAAAUCUCUUCAUUUUAGCAUAAUUUUACAGAUAAAGCAAUAAACAUACUUUUUAAGUUUGUUCUGUUAAAAGAAACACAUCAGUUUGAUCAAGUUUAACAUGACAUGAUGGUAACAUUGUAUGAUUUCUUUUCUACAGGCAAAGAGAGUCCUAGAAAGGAAAAUAAAGAAGGAAGUGAGGUGGAUGAACAGAAGGAAGCACCGCCGGAAGUUGAUGAUAAAACUGAUGACGUAGAUGAAGAAAUCGAAGACGAAACUGAAGCAACAAGAAAGGUUGGUAGUACAAGAGUUAGUUCCAAAAAUAUCUAGUUGAUUAUGAUAGAUCAUAAUUUCACCUCACUCGCAUGUGUAAACGUGCUUCCAUCUUACUCUACCAACGUCUGGGAAACAUGAUAAACAAACAUGUGUUCUAAAGGUGAUCCGAGCGAGAUUCUUCUUUUACUCUCGGUUCCUCCUAUAGUUACAUUAAACCAAUAAGGGAUUCAAUUUAUCUUAGGGGGGACCCAAGGAAAACACAAUGGGGACCAAAGGAAAUUUUCUUUAAAUAUGUUUUCGCCAGUUCAAAAUUCCCAUUUAUCUAAAAUAACUAAAGUGUAAAUUAAGUUUCUUGAUACCACUUACCACUGUAUACAAGUUGUUUUUGUUUACUUCAUGCUUGUUCUCUCGAAGGUGUGGUUUGCCAAUGAACGUAGUGUUAUACGUUGUUUCGUUUGUAGCUUGAUUAUUAGUAAUUUGUUUGAUUCUGUUAGUACAGCUGUUAAAGAUCAUUAGCUGAUUGGCUAACAAUUUUGAAAUUUUAUUUAAUGAUACAAAUGCUUUCCCCCUUGCCUAAACGCAGCUGGAUGAAGUUUCACAAGGCGAGAAACCUGAAGAGAUUUACAGUGAUGAAGAUAAAGACGAUGAUAAAGACAAGAGUUCUAGCGAGGAUGAAGGAAAGAAAGACAGCGACAGUGAUUCCAGCUCAAGUUCCAGUGACAGUGACGGUAGUGAUGGUGAGGAUGAUGGCAAGUCGUCACGCAAAGAUUCCGAGAAAGUGGUAAGCACUCCCGGUCCUGGCACAACACUUAACAUAACUACAGCGCAAUUUAGUUUAGGGAGAACAGUUUAGAACUGAUAGAGCUAUCCAGUAUAAAUAAAGUUAGUUUAGUUUAGGUUUUCUCCUGUAGUAACACUGGAUCAAUAAGAGAUGAUCCUUACUGGGCCUAUAGGGAGAACAGUUUAGAACUUGUAGAGCUAUACAGUAUAAUUAAAGUCAGUUUAGUUUAGGUUUCCUCCUGUAGUAACACUGGAUCAAUAAGAGAUGACUCUUACUGGACCUCUAGGAAGAACAGUUUAGAACUGAUAGUGCUAUCCUCUGAUUAGUAUGACGAUGAAAACUUUUACAAGUAUUGGUGUUUUCAUUAAUUUCGAAUAAAAUAAUUAAAAUAAUUGCAUUCCAGGAAUCAAGUGCAGAGAGCAAACAUUCCAAGAUAUCUGAUCGCGAAUCUGAGAAAUCCGACUCAAGAAGAAGUUCGAUAAAGGAAGACACAGAUCACCCAUCCGACAACGAAUCCAUCACAUACGGAAACACGUCUGAACAAGAUCUUAAAAAUCUUGCGCUUGAAACCUCUGGCACUCCUGAGCCCGUUUCCAAGAACGAAUCUGAGAAUGGAUCGAUGAAGGAUGAAGGUACGGAGGAGACGUCAAGUCCUAGAAAGUCCGAGGAUGGCAAGAAUUCUCCGAAAACGAGCGAACGUGUAGCCGAAUCGGACCGGGAGAGUGUAAAAGACAGCGUGAAGGAUGAUAAUUCGGACGUUGAGGAUUCUGAUGUACAUUCUGUGAAAUCUGUCGAUUCUAAGAAAUCUGAUGAUUCUAAGAAAUCUGACAAGGACUCCGAUUCCGAGAACGAUACCGACAAGAAUGAUAAGGAAAAGGACUCCGGUGAUGAUACCGACAAGGAGAAUAAUAAAGUGUUGGAAUCCGAUCGGAAAGUGUCGGAGCCCGAAAAAGACAAAGAAUCGGUCUCCGAGAAAGAUACGGAUAAGGACAAUGAUAAAGGGUCGAAUUCCGAUAACCAUCCCGACAAGGAUGGUGGUAAAAAGGAAUCUGAUUCUGGUCGGAAAGUGUCGGACCCUGAUCGGAAAGCCUCGGAUGACGAUCGACAUCUAUCGGGCUCUGAAAAGGAUACGGAUAAGGACGACGACGAUUCCGACGAAGAUACCGAUAAGGAUCCGAAAGGUUCGGACUCCGAAAAAGGCAAAGGGUCGGAUUCGGAGAAAGAUACGAAAUCGGAUUCCGAGAAAGAUACGAAGUCGGAUUCCGAGAAAGAUACGGACAAAGACUCGGACUCCGAUUCCGACUCGGACAAAGAUUCCUCGAGCAGUAGUGACUCCGAUGACGGGAGUUCAAAGAAGAGUAGUGGAAAGGAAUCUAAAAGCGGCUCAGAGUCUGAGAAGAGUGCCAAGGGAUCGCGGAGGUCUAGCAAGGAUAAGGCUGGUGAUUCUAAGGGAUCAGGAAGGAUAAGUAACGACAGCGGAGGUGAUGCGAAGGCAAGGCCUGACUCUGCAGGCAGUGGAAUUCUACGUGACAGUACCAAGGUAGCGACCUUUUUAAAUAAACGAUGUUUUUUCGAAAGUAACACAGGUUGAAUUUCAGCCUGUGGUGUGGCUAAAGUCCCAUGUCCCAUAGCUAGCAUGCCAGCUUUUGUACAAAGAAAAUGUGUUCGUGUGUACGGCCGCCAAGGAAUAUGGUGGCAUUUGGGUCUCCCCUCCCCCCUCCCUCCCUGUCCUUCCUCCCUCGCCCACACUUUCACAAAGAACACAAAUCACAAGUCCCAUACAUGUACGUUUUUUAGAUACGUUUGACACCCAAAAUCCUCAAGUAAUGCUCACAUUCAAAGAUUAUAUCAUCUAUAAAUCACUUCGUCAACCCCAAUGAGGCCUUGGUUUGGGGAGAGCUUGCAUAAAAAUGGAAUAAAAUAAAGUCUGACGGACUCUAAACAUAUAAAUAGAAAAUAAAAUAACAAGUAAAUGUGAAUUAUACGAUAAAUUUGUUAAUAAUUCUUGGUUUACAAUGAUGCGUUCAAUGAUAAAAUAUAUAUACUGUAAAUUGUACGCCUUGUAAACUGAUAAAAAUAAAAUUAAAGUAUUCAAUAAAAACAUAAUAUAUGUCUUAAGUUCAUAAAAACGGAAUUGAACUGUUGUACUGAUAUUAAGAAACAAAAUAAAACAAUAAAAUAUUUAUCUAUAAAACUUGUCAGUCAUAAAUUUAAUCAUAACUUAUUCGCGUGAAUAAAGAGGCCAGUAAAUGGAAUGUAAAUCCAUUGAUAAAGACACUGUCUAGUUUAUGUGAGGUUUUCUAAAAGACGUAAAAAUAUGUGAAGCGAGACGACGUCUAAAUUUUAACAAUUCUUGGUUUUACCAUUUUUUUUCGAAAGUGUUUUGAAUUUCAGUGUAGAGACUAAUUUGGCUUUAUAUCCAAUUCACAACUUGAAAACACUGUUGGCUGAACUGUGUGUCAAUCAAUUGCAGUGGUCAAUUGCAAGGUCUACUAGGGACUGGUCAUUCAUGGCGGGGGCUGGCAAUGUAUAUUUUUCUUGGUAAAAUUUUGCUGAUCGAACCAUUAAAAAGCCAAAUAUGUUUGUUACCCAACUCCCAUCCCUGGCCAAAAAAAUUACAAAAGGACACCAUUCAGUUGUCACACAUGUUCUUUACCACUUCUGUGACACGAGUUUGAUAACUGCUUGUGCAAUUUUCCGUCUGCACAUGUACUUUCUUUGGAUACACCAUUUGCCUCCUGACAAAUCGGAAAAUGAUCAAGAUAUUGACUCUGAUUGAUUUACAUACUGUAUUGACAUAUGACUGUUGACUAUGCUUUUUAAUCUUCAAUAUUUGAGUGAGUCAUGCUUGGGGAAUUACAAUAAUUUUUUAUUACCCAACCCUUGAGUUGUUUUGUUUUUCAUUUACCCAAUCUUGGGUACUCACUCAAAAUUUUGUUUACCCAACCCUUUUCUCUUUGGUGACAACCCCCUCCAUAUAUAUUGACCGCUCCCUAUUCAAGUAAUGAAAAUAAUUUUCCUUGUUGCUGUAUGUAAACUAGACGCCUGAUCUAUCUGAUGAUGAAAGUAGACCAAAGAAGACAGUGUCAUUCAAUGAAGAGGUCAAGGUGUAUGUUGGUGUCGAGGGAACUGGAGACGAAGAAGAGGAUAUCGAGGGUAAUGACGAACAUGACGGCAAUAUUCUUAAUGAUUAUUAAGAAGCAGUUUUUUCAACGUUGCUCAUUUGCAAUGAAAAGUGUUCAAAACCUAAAAUCUUUUGGCGUUCCUCUCAAAAUUACUUUGUUUUAGCUUUAUUUUGUAGUUUACAGGGUUCGUAGCGGUCUUUGAAAUCCUUGAAAGUCUUUAAAUUUGAAUGCAGGUCUUUAAGGUCUUUGAAAAGUCUUUGAAUUGUGUGAAAAAGCGAAGAAAGUCUUUGAAAGUCUUUAAAUUCUUUAGUGAGGAAUUGAUUAUAUGAUUUAUAAUGGUAAUAAAAUAUCGAUUGAUUGAAGCAAAGUUUUCGCAAAUAUCGACGAAAACGUGCACGUGCAUUUUAGGAUGUGAUUUGACGGAACUAUAAUUACCGGGUAAAAAUGGUGCUUACACUCGCAAUUUUUCGACAGCUAAUUGCUCUCAAAGGUCUUUGAAAAGUGUUUGAAAAUAGGCAGAAAAAGUCUUUGAAAGUCUUUUAAUUUUUUUGGUCUUGGAGACUACGAACCCUGAGUUUACACAAUCAGCAACUUUUUAAAUUUAUCUGGCGGUUGAGAAACACAAAAUAAUAGUUAAAUAUUGUCGAUAUAGAUACGAUUAUCAUUGAUGCUGUAAAAUUGACGCCAUAUUUAUACAGCAUUUAUAAGCAAAACUUACUGAACUUCAGACAUCAUUUUCUCUUUGGCGUACCAUCUAAAAUAUCUUCAUUUUAGCAUAAUUUUACAGGUAAAGCACUAAACAUACUUUUUAAAUUUGUUUGCCGCUUGGGAAACGUAUCAAAAAUUUAAAAAUUUGAAUAUAGUCAUAGUCAAGUGGAAAAGUAUAUUCAUUAGUUUGAGCGCGUGUUACGUAACAUACAAACGAUUCUCUUAAUAUUUUUUUAUAGAAAACAUUGACACAGAGCAAGCCCAGGCUACUGAAACCAAAACUAUGGAUCAAGAAGGUCAUGAAGUUACACAAGGGGAUAAUGACAAUAAAGAGGGUACACUAGAGGAAACAGCAGAACAGAAAGGAACACAAGGGAACGACGAACAAGAAAAGAUCAGUGCCCAUGAGGUGGAUAACAAAGAGCGAGCAGAGGAGGCGGAAAUCCAACAAGCUGAACCUGGUGGUAUAACUAAGAGUAAAGAGGGUGAAGAAGGGUUGUCUGGGACAAGUGUGGAUCUUGAAGCUGGUAAGUAGACCUAACGAUCUAAUGAUCUCCAUACGUAUGUCUACGUAUUGAAAAGUCUAAUUUUUCCAAAUUUUAUUUAAGUAGUAAUUCCUGAACAAGCACACAUUAAAUUAUAUACAAAACUUGAUUUAUUUAUUUAAUAAUAGAUUUAAAUUUUCCCGCGCGGAUACAUACGUAAGAUUAACUGGAAUGCUUUGUUUAAAGACAAUGCACUUACCUAUUUUGUCGUCUGUCAGGAGAAAUCGGAAGUGGAAAGAACGAAGCAGACCUUGAACAAGCUUCUGGUGGUGCGACCGAAGUCCUAGCAGAAAAUAUCGAUGGUAAGAAUGACACGAUACCUGCAAAGGAAAUGGAUAAUGAAAAUAAGGAAGAAAAGAAGUCUGGAAAUGGAAGUGAUCAGGAAGGAAAAGAAGAAGGAGAUAAUGUGGAUGGAGGUUCGAAAGAAAUUGAUGGCGAUGAAGGUGGAAGCAUCCUUGAUGAACAACAGUCAGCAGUCCCAACAGCUGACAAUGAAGAAGACAUGGCUUCACCAGAGCCCAGUGACAGUGAGAAUAGUAACAAGCAAAAUGAGUCUGAAAAAGGUACUGUAACUCUAUAAGCUUCCAUGGUUUAUGCUCGCCUCGAUAGCUUAUUACAGCUACUAACUAAAAUGCUACCUACGCUUGACCUCACGUUUUUAAGUCGAUUAUUAAUGAGUUUUACAAUUUGUUUACAACUUUUUUCUCACUUUUCAAUUCACGCAGAGGUGACUGACACAGAUCAAGACCUGGACCCUGGAAAUGACCCGGACUCAGUGGGGAGUGGGGAGCAGAUCCCGGAGCGUGCUCUGAAGGCGGUGGGUGCUAAACCCGGGGUGAAACAUGAAGGAUCUGUGAAGACUUUGAUUGAAGAUCACAAAGAUCUGGAGAUAGCCAGUGUUGCACUCAAUCCUGAGCAGGUAAAUUACCGGGUUUAAAGGCCCUUAAAACCAGCAUACGCGCCCUACCCAAGCUGAGAGACCCGGAUUCAACCCUUGGUCGGACCUCUACUCAAGGUCUUAAAAUAAUUGAGGAGAAAGAGCUACCUUUACAUUGACAUCAGCUAAUGGUUAGACUUUUCCGUCGUCUCGGAUAAGGACGUUAAAUCGUAGGUACCUCGGAUUCCCUAUCAAUUGAUAGCGUGUUGGGAAAUCCGCUCACCAAUGAAUGAGAAACUCAAUAAAUUCAAACUCAAUCCAAUAUUGUUGGAUGCAACAUUUGAACAAAUUUGGACAUUGAACAACAAACACUUCACAAAAUCAAAUGACAGAUAAGGAAACAUGAUAUAUACGCAAAAUCAAGUGACAGAUAAGGAAGCAUGAUAUAUAUUGAUUCCUUAAGAUUCUCCAAUAACGAACAUAUUAAAAAUUGAAAAUAUUUUCCUCAGGAUCACGAGAUCUCAUUUUUUCCAGGACAGGGUAUAACAAAUGUAUAACAUUCACACUUGAAAUUCUCAUCAAACCCAAUGGCAAUCUCAACCAAUGACAACCCGGACUGUAUUCCUCCUGAAGCAGCCAGUGUCAACGCUGUAAUGGUGGCAUGGUUAGUUUAAUAUAUGAUUUUUGAUUUUAGGUGGAAGAAGUCGCCUCGAUGGUUGAAAAUAAUUCAGAAGUUGGUUCACUGACGCUACGGAAUGUUUCUUUGGGAGACGACGGCGUGAAACAGCUAACUACAGUAUUGAAAUCUAGUGCAAAUGUUAAGGUAUCGUUUUGAGUUGUCAAUAUGGGAAGCAAAUGCUCAUUAUAUCUGUCUUUUCUUGAUAUCAGCCUUCAUGAUCUCAUUUUUUGGACGGCCACCUUGAAUUUCCACAGCCAUUUAAAAGGAAGACUUUUGAAGGCUGGUUUAUCCUAUCAAAGUUUCUGUGAUCACAGUAGGAAUUUUGCAUAGCUAAAUUCCAAGUUUUGAAGGAUUUGUAAGAAACGUUUGAGGAAACUGGUUCAUUGGUUUAACACUGAGAGUCAGUUCCUUCAAACAUUUCUUACAAAUCUUUCAAAACUGAGAAUUUACCUAUCCAAAAUUCCUACUGUGGCCACAAAAACUUUGAUAGGAUAAACCAGCCUUAGUCAUGUUGACGCCCUUUGAACGGCUCAUGAGAAUCUGUGCAUUGUACACUGUGUACUUAGUACUUGAUAGCUUUAAAAUAUUCUAGCAAUCAUACAAAACGCAUAUUUAUAUUUUGUAAUCCUUGAAGGUUUUAUUGAAGAAUAGAACAAUGUGUUGCUAAAAAUAUAGGGUAUAUUUGUACACGACCCAAAGAAACUAACGGAAUUUGGCAACCCAAAUUUCAGAUGCUAUCCGAGACUUUCUUCAUCUUCCUUAUAUUGUCUUCAGAUGCUGAAUCUUAAUGUGAACAAUAUUGGCCCAGAUGGUGCUACCCAUGUUGCCGAGACUGUUAGAAACAACACCGCCAUCAAAAUGUUACUGUAAGUACAACCACUCACGAUUUUAUUCAACACGAGUGAGAGAAAUCAUAGACAUUCUCGCAACUGUGAAUCAGUUGCCCGGAAUGCGAACGUUAAAACAUACAGAUGCUGGUCAACUUUGGAAAUAUUAACACUUAUAGGCAAGCAAUCUUAUUUGCUGCCAAAUACAAAACUACUAUUAGUUAUGGUAAGGCCAAAAAAAAAAUAUGUGGGUUUCCGGUUUCCCGACCCUACCUAGCUUUUGGACGUCGGAAUCCCGACCCUAAACUUUUUAUUGGAUCAUGCUUGUAAGUGUUUCCACUUAGAGGAAAAAGUUUGUGGAAAAUUGAAAUUUGAGGCAAUAUUAGGGAAAUUUAUCUUUGGAUGUGGAAGCACUGACUAAACAAAAUGGCGUCCGCUUAUUUGGAAAAUUAAAAAAAAAGUUUAAAAAAAAAAGUUGACCUACCCUACCUAAGUUUUUAUAAGAAGAAACCGGAAACCCACAUAUUUUUUUUUUGCCUAAUUAUAAGCAUCAUUUGUUCACUCUGAUAACUGCAGGUUGACCUCCAUCUGCUGCACGAUAGUGCUUAGUGAAACCCCACCUGUUUGUACCAAUACAUCAGUUGACUAUUGGUUACCAAAUAAGGUAUUCCUAAUCACCGUAUAUGGUAUUUCUAAUUACCAAAUAAGGUAAUGCUAAUUACCUUUGUUUUUUCUCUUAGUCUCCAUGGCAACCCAUUGGGUGACCAAGGAGUGACGUCGAUUGUCGACGCCAUUCUCGAAAACGAGGCUUCGGCCGUGUCGACGCUGGAUGUGGGUGAUUGCGGGCUCGGUGACGAAGGCGCCACGCAAAUCGCGCGGUUACUCGAGUCGAACAACACGGUUACUGACCUCAAUAUAAGCGCGAAUCAAAUAACGCGCAAUGGUUGGCGCGCGAUUGCAGAGGCUUUAAAAAAGAACACCAAACUUCGAGCGUUGAGUUUGGACUAUAAUCAAAUCACCGACGAAGAUUUGGCGGUACUUGCCGACGGAUUCCGACACUGUACGAGCUUGCGUUCGGUAGAUCUCGAAGCGAACCGAAUCGGUGACGAAGGCGGGCGCGUACUACUCGACGUUUUGCGUGAAAACGAAAAGAUUAUCGAUCUCACGCUUAUGCCCAUGAACACAAUCGAGCAAAAAAUUCUUGACGAAAUCAAAGAUAUUCUGGAUAACAGAAUUCGCUCCCGACCUAGCUCGGCGAAUUCCGAAGAUAGUCCGAGAUGAUUGCGUGAACUUCGCGCGUGUUCGUAGGCUCGCCCGUGAAACUUGCGAGAUAAUGCGUGCCCACGUAAUGCGUGAUUGUGUGACUUCGUGCGUGACAUGGUGUGAACGUGUGUCCGUUGUGAAUUCUCGUGCUAACGGAAAAGGACAGAAAAAGUGUUUGAGAAAAAGUGUUUUAAAUUGUGAAUUUCCCCCUAUAUUUAUUACCUUGAUCAUUUUCAAAUGAUGUUUUAUAUAAAGCAAAGUAAAUUAUUCUAAAUGGUUGUUCCAUUUUUUCCCUGUAUUAUAAGUCAGCCGUUUACAAUAAUAACAAACAUAUUUUCAUUCCCUUUUAUUUAAAGUUGUUCUCAGAAUAAUAUUUCAUCGUAACAUGAUCUCAAUGUGAAUAAACAUACAUGCCUAAAAAUCCUUCUAUUCUAACACAUUUGCAGUUUUACAAGAUGUUUUCUAAUGUUUCUAUUGAUAUUUCAACUGAAAAGCGAUUUUUUGACAAUAAAAAUUAAUACUGUAGUGAACACAAAUAAACUGCAUGUUGAAUCGUUUCCAGAACAUUUAUUGCUAUAUACAUACUACAAAAUAAAUUGACAUGUCAUUUGAAACGCAAAAUACGCAUACGUAUGCAACAGAACUCAAAUGGCGAAUAAUUAAAUGUGAAUCGCACAAAAACGCUAUAUUUACUAAUUUACACAAAAACGCUACAUUCACAGAAACUGUACAUGUGACAAGCCAAAUUGUCUACAUGAUGAUGCAAAGUCUUCACGUGGUAACACAAAUUGUCCACGUGACAUGUUUACAUGGGAAGGUAUAUAUUUAUUUACAUUGCAAGUGACAUUAAAUUGUUCACGUCAACACUUCAACCUCGUCCCAGUCCUAAUGGAAGUGACACAGAUGACUCGUAACUCUUCACGCGGGAAAAAUGAAAGGCACAGAACUGUUCGUUGUCGAGAUCAAACUGGGAAACUGUUGUCGUUUCGCUGUUUCUAUAAAAGAGAAUAGGAAUCUUAAUGUCAUCGAGGUGGGAAUAAUGGUUAUUCAGGGGUCAAUGGUUAUUCAUACCUACAAAAUGUUUGACAUGUAUACUGGAUCCAGGUUAGCUUAUUAUUCCGUUUUUUCUUUGUGUUUUGUAAUUGCAGUUCCUGUAAAUCCAACAAAAACUGUUCAUCGUAUGAUCGGAAUGUUUCCUUGUCUU